CUCUUCCGUCUGGCCGCAUGGCCCUCCCCUUUGCAGACUGCUUGAACUUCAGCUCAGAAAUGCGGUUAAAUCAAAAUGUCUUCGGUUAUUUGUUUAUUUAGUCUUUUAGGUUUAUAUACUAAUAGUUUAAAUCCAAAGUAGGUUUGUAUUUCACUUUUUGUCCAACAUGCUGUUUUGAGCAACUGCAGUGUUUAAUAGGCUGUUUGAGAGCGGACACUGAAGCUGCAGAGCUCUCCGUUGACAUGGAUUUCCCACCGAGGAAGCGGCAGAAGGGACACGAGGUUUCAGCUGGACCUGACCCGUUUGACGACGACAUCGAUUUCACCCAGGACGACCUGGCCCAGAUUGACAUCAUUGCAUCACAGGCCACCACUGGAGACGGUCCGAACAGCAGCUCGAAGAGAACGCUUGGUUCAGUGUUCGCUUGCCCUGACGAGCAGAGCAAAGCGCCUGUGAGGUCCGGCCGAAAAACAUUUACCCUUGGAGACGGUUGCAGAAGUAGCACUUCAUUUACCAACAUUGAACCAGAAAGGAAACAUGUCUUUGCUGAUGAGCAUUCCAGUAAAGACAAAGAAGACCUAUACUACAAACUAUUAGAGGAACAACAAGCAGAGCUAAAGAAAAAGCUGAAAGAGGUGGAGGAGGAGAUCCUGAUGAAGAACGGCGAGAUCCGAGUGUUGCGGGACUCUCUGAGACUGGCCAAUCAGGAGAGAGAACAGCAGAGGCAGAGCCAGCUCGCUCUGGAGAAAGAGAAAGCUCAAGCUCAGAGUGAACGAGAGAAGGAGCUCUCCAGGAAGGUCCAGUCGCUGCAGUCAGAGUUGCACUUUAAAGAAGCCGAAAUGAACGAAAUGAAAGGGAAGCUUCAGAGCGUUGAGCGUGGAGGAAAGCAAGCUGGCACACCUGCGCGAAACACUGUCCACACUCCUGCUGGUCAUGCGUUUAUGACAAAGGAAAGCUUUUUAGCUGAGCUGUCCAAGACAACAUCUCCAAUCAAAGGCCAGUUAUUACAGGAUGAGAAACCAGCACAGUCCGAAAGUUCCUCAACAGAAGAGCCACAUUUAGAGAGAAACCUCAGAUCAGACCCCCAUCAGGAAGGUUGUCCAUUACUAAACCUUCUGCUGCAGCAGCCGUUAGAUCCGAGUUCUCUGGGUCUCUGUCACCUGCUGUCGAUCAGUCCUGACACUCUGCCAAACGUCCUAUCACAGCAUGGCUACAUCACACCGGAAUCGUUGGCAAAUUCCAGCUCAGCCUCUUCAGAAUUCAGAGUGUUUCAUCGCCCACAAGCUCGAUUUCAUGAACUGCAGAAUCUUGCUAUGUCUGCACUGACCGCAAUAGCUCUCCGUCACACUACGAUUGUAUCACGUAACGGCAACACUGCGACUCUCCAACAAAGUUGCCCCGCCGCGGUCCACUUCCUCCCGCUACUCACCUACCACAUCAGCACAUACUGUCAGUCGCUGGAAUCUGUCGAGAGUUCUGGAAAGACAUCGCUUCAUGGAAGCUCGCUGUCAAGUUCCUCCGAAUCCAGCUUGGCCUCAAGUAUUGAGGAAUCGCUCGGCAGUCAAGAAGAGUUUGCAUUGGCUGCCAUGAAAGCUCUGUAUCACCUAGUGUGCUACAGCAGUGAAGCUCUGGAGAUGAUGUUAUGCCACCCUGAUGGAGAGAUCCCAGAGCGAUCCGAUGUGAACAGGCCACAUUGUUCAAAGAAUUUCCUCGACACUGCAGAUCAUCUAAAUGGAGAGAGCCCACACAGGUCCCACUCCCAGCUCCCUCUACUCAGGAGGCUUCUACAGUUGGCAGAUCCAGGGUUCCUUACCAGUGCUGUCCAGAGGGAGGCGGUAGUGAGCACCAGUCUGAGGACUCUGUGUAUGCUGGCUGAGAAAGCACAGGAGAACCAGUUGCUGAGACUCAAGGAUGUCAUGUCAAGUCAAGUGUUGACGAAAUGCCUGACUCUGGAGACGUCCUGCAGAAUAGUCCAUCUGUCUGUGAGGUUCCUGUCGUGUAUCAUCUACAGUGACGAAAUGGCCACUAAACUUGGUUUGCAUGAAUUUCCAUGUCUUCUUCUGAGAAUAUUCCAGUAUGUCACCUCCAGGCCAGAUAAGUUUGUUUCAGAGGACACAUGGAGUCGUUUGGAACUUGAGGUUAUUGGGUUAUUGACCAAACUUUUGACGCAAAAGACUGGCUCAUGGGCUGCUCUGGGUGAAUCAUCCUGCCAGUGUAUAAACGAGGUUAACAGCGACACAAAAGAAAACGCAACUGCUGAAAUGUAUCACAAUGCUGAGAGACUCUUGUAUUACCAUUUUGUGCCAAUUCUGUUCAUCUGUUCUCAGGUGGUGCGGACGGUGGUGGUGGUUUUACACAAGCAGUGGCUGAGAACCAAAAGGCUAGAAAGUCAAAUGGCGAGUAAUCUCAUCUGGACGAGUACUGGAUUCCAUGUACUGCGAGAGUCGCUAAUGCUGCUGCACUGGCUGCUGGUAAACGACUCGUCAUUUUCUGAACACUGUCUGGACGUGCUGCACAUGUACGAUCAGGUCAUUCCUGCCAUCAGAGACACAUUCCGACUGGUCCCAGAUCUGUCUGAGAGUGAAGAACUGGCUCUAGAAGAGAUCUGCCGCUCUGAAACUGAAUAUGUUGAAGACAUGGACACUGAAACGGGACCUUAAUGAUCAAAUGUGAAGUGAAGUCAGAGGUUUUGCAAUGAACAAUAUCUCAUUUCUGCAGAUUGUCUCAUUCCUUUUAAGACUUGAGCACUUAAAUCCUGAAUUAAAGACAGUUAAAUCUAUAUCACGCCUGGAAUUUGAGAAAGUAGACUUCCAUUGUAAGUGUGAUAUUUGUUUUCAUGAGGCACGAGUCAAUAUCGCUAUCCGUUGUGCUGUUAAAACAGUUUGUGACUGUUAUUUGAACUUUUUCAAAUGUAGAAAAAUGGAAAUGAAUGUGUGCCACAACCUUUACAUUUGUACAGUUAAAACUGCUAAGCAACAAUUAAUUUAUAGGUAAUUAGUUUAGAGAAAACACAUAAAUGCCCCAAAUCAAUACUGACAUACUGUCUUAAAAUACAUACAGUAUGUACUUUACCAUCAAUUGCACAUUUUGCAUUUGAAGUGUG